AUGAAGUCCAUAUUCAAGCCGAUGAGAAACCCACUGCGGCGGGCUCCGAUGGUCCCCCUCCAGUUUCCACCAAGCGGGUUUGAGAUCAUCAGUGAUUCCGUCAAACUGGAAGAAGAGCACUUUGACGAGUUCAAGUCUGGACAGUACUACCCAGUAAAAAUAGGGGACGUCUACGCCUCGAAAUACCAGGUACUAGGCAAAUUGGGCUUCGGGACGACAUCCACAGUAUGGCUGGCCCGCAACCUCCAAGAUCGCAAAUAUGUUGCCUUGAAAGUUUUUACACGGGGCGUGGAUCGCGAUGAGUCCGGGAUCUAUCAACGUCUCGGCACAGCCAACUCUUCGCAUCCUGGCUAUCGGCACGUUCGAACGGCCUUGGACACGCUGGAGCUUCAACGCGAGGGCGGGCAUCACUAUUGUCUUGUACACCAACCAAUGUGGGAUGGCUGGAAGGACAUGCUGCGUCGAAAUCCUUCCGGGCGAUUCACCGAGGAACUGUUAAAAGCAGGGUUGGCUCAGCUCUUUCUUGCUCUGGACUAUCUGCAUACCGAAUGCCAUCUCGUCCACACAGACCUCAAAGCCGACAACAUCUUGCAGGAGCUCGUGGACCGGUCGGUGCUAGAGGCUUUUGUUCAGGCCGAACUCGCCACCCCGUCACCUAGGAAACUCGCUCACGGCGCCCCGGUAUACUCCUCUAGACGGUUCGGCCUCCCUGAAGAGUUUGGCGACGUCGUUCUCGGCGACUUCGGCGCGGCGGUUCGGGGCGACGAGAAGAGGAACCACGACGCGCAGCCCGACGUGUACAGAUCGCCCGAGGUCAUGCUGAUGACGGAAUGGAGCUACCCCGUGGACAUAUGGAACGUGGGCGUCAUGAUUUGGGAUCUCUUCGAGGGGAGACAUCUCUUCUACGGCAACGACCCGGAUGGAAGGCCGUAUACCACCCGCGCGCACCUCGCCGAGGUGAUCGGCAUGUUGGGGCCUCCGCCGCUGGAUCUUAUCCGAAAGGGAAGGCGGAGCAAGGAGUUCUUCACAGAAGAUGGCGAAUGGAAAGCUGAUGUCCCGGUGCCGCAGGGCACAAGGCUGGAAGAUGCGGUCACGUCGCUCGAAGGCAACCAGAAGGACAUGUUUCUGGCGUUCGUGAGGGGGAUGCUUCAGUGGCGGCCCGAGGACAGGAAAACGGCGGCACAGCUGGCCGACGACCCCUGGCUUCGCAGUUGA